AUGGCCGCCGCGGCCCAGACGCUGGUCCUCUCUCCGUUCCCCGUGCCGGACGACGUCUCUCCAACCUCUCUCACAGCGAACCUAGUCUGCCGGGUCGUUUUCGGUCUUCUCAACAACCUCAUUUGUCUGGUUCCCCUCCGGCUGCUCUGGCGGAAUGGCGAGUUCUCCGCCGUUGUCUUCAUCAUCGACGUCAUGUGCCUCAACAUGCUGACCGUCAUCAACGCCCUCCUCUGGCGCAAUGACGAUACGACCCAGUGGUGGGCCGGCUACGGCUGGUGUGACCUGCACGCUUUUCUCUACGUACCUCUCAUGUGUCUCUACUCGACCUCGUGCUUGGCCAUCAGUCGCAACCUCUCCGACCAAGUCAACAUGCUGCGCGCGAACCCCCUGACCCACAGGGAAAAGCGGAAGAAGAACCUCAUCCAGGCUCUCAUCAUGUUCCCGAUCCCCCUCAUCCAGAUGGCGUGGAUCUAUCCGUUGACGGCCCAGCGAUACAUCAUCAUCACCCUCGUGGGCUGCGACUGGAGGGUCCAUGGCAGCUGGCCUUACUUUGUAUUCUUUCUGCUGCCCGCGCCUCUUCUUGCGCUGGUCUCGGCCUUUUAUUCGAUUUUGACCUUCAAACGAUAUCGCGAGCUUCGAAGAGGCAUGCAGAAUGCACUGUCGUCCAACAGCUCGGCCUCUUCGCGUCAGAACCGCACCAGGCGCAGGCUCUACUUCAUGACCAUCUCCGUCCUCAUCCCCUACCUGCCCCUGCAGCUGGCGCACGCUGUCCUCAACGGCCUCAGCAGUUUUCCUCUGCAGCCCUUUGACUUCCACAAGAUCCGCUACGAGGCCGCCCCGUUUCCCUGGGACUCGAUCGUCUUCAUGCCCUCCACUCAGGUCCCGUGGAUCUUCCUCAACAACAAGUACAUUCCGAUCCUGACGACCGUCGUCAUCUUCAUCUACUUUGGCAUCACCGUCGACGCCCGCCGCAUGUAUCGCCAUGCCGUGCUCGCCAUGGGCCUCGGCUCCAUGUUUCCACAUCUGCACCACAGCGAUGGCUACAACGUCAGCGACCAAAGCGGCAGCCGCAGCGGCACCGGCUCGUGGGGCGCGCGAACUGACACCACGACGACCAGCACUCUCAAGCCCAGCCUGCGUGCAACCACACGCCAGCUGAGCCACCACAGCAACAGCAGCCCCUCCAGCAGCGCCGCCCGCAACAGCCACCCGUCGCACAGCCUGCCCGACCUCAUCAUGCCCAUCGACGUCGAAGCAGCAGCAGCAGCAGCAGCAGAAGAAACACCCCCUCGCGUCCCGUCUCCCGCACCACCAAGACAACCGCACCGCAACCCCUUUCUGUUCCGCACGAGCCUCGUCUUACCGACACUCCCGCUGCCGCGAUUCCUCGCCCGCGUCCGCGCCCGCCCGCACCGAUAUGAACCCCGGUCCUCCUCGUCUCACAUGGCCCUCCAGCCGCUGCCUGCCGACGCAGCCCCCCGCAGCGCCGGCUCGGACGUGAGCCUCGCGUACCUGCCCCCCCAGAACCGCGAGCGCACAGCCACGCGCGUGUGGUCGGACGACGACGGCGAGGACGCUGCCGGCGCCCAGCACGCCGGCAGGCUCAACGGUGCCGAGGAGGCGCGGGCCGUCACGGUCGAGACGUCCAUCUCCAUGCAUGCGCGGUGA